AUGUGGGUCUGCUGGCUGUGCUACCAGGGUCGACGGAGACUGAUCCCAGCUGUGAGGAACUGCAGGAAGGCUCGACUUGUUGGUUGUUACCUCUCAGUGACUCACUGUGAAGUCGUGGCCUCGGCUCUGAAGUCAGACCCCUCACAUCUGAGAGAACUGGAUCUGAGUGUAAACAUCUUCCUGCAGGAUUCAGGAGUGAAGCUGCUGUGUUCUGGACUGGAGAGUCCAAACUGUCGACUGGAGACUCUGAGGUGGGAGGGGAGACCUUUGUGGAUGGAGGAGGCAUCUUUGUGGAGCUGAGUGUGAAGAGGACAGUGUGUGUGGACGGAGGCUGAGCUGUGUCCUGAGGAUCCAGAGGCUGAAGCAGAAGCAGCUUGUGUGU